AUGUUGUUCCAGACUACAGGUGCUGACAACACUCCAGACUUCUGCCCAACAGAACACACCUACCCCCACCCCUCCAUACCUGGCCUGACCUGUGAGCUUUGCCCUGCAGGUCAUUAUGUAGAAGAUCACUGCACCCCAGGCAGUACCCAGAGCAGGUGUCUAGUCUGUCCAGACAACAAGUACCAGCCCUGCCCCUCCAGUAACCUCCGCUGUCACAGCUGCAGUGACUGUAGCGCGGCCUGGCUGGACGGCAGGUCAGCCCCUCCCAUCCAACCCUGCUCCAAAACCCAGAACAACAUCUGUCAGUGUCCCCAGGACAGGUUCUGGAGUCUGGUAGAGCCGGGAUGUAAAGUUAAAACACCGUGUGGACCAGGCCAAGGGGUGGCACAUCAAGCCACAUACAAGAGUGAUACAGUCUGCAUCAGGUGCCAGGAUGGCUUCUACUCCAACGAGACAUCUCUGGUGCAGGUGUGUGGAGAGUGCAGCAGGUGUGAGGAGGAGGGGUUAGAGACACGAGAACCCUGCAAUACAACCAGUAAUGCUGUCUGCAGUACACCACCUUCUGUAGGCACUCUUCCCUCCACGUCACUACAGAACAAGAAAGGGUUAAAAUGGUGGGAGACAACUCUGAUAGUUAUAACUGCAGUUGUAGGUCUGCUCCUGGCAGGAGGUGGUAUCAGUGUUUUGGUUAGAAAGAAGAGGAGAAGAAACACUACUGCCAACAGAGCUGUCCCUGCUGCUGUCACCUACAAUGCUGCUAAUGGUGCUGUUUAUACUGCUGUCCCUCCAGUCCCUCAGAAUGCUGCUAUCCAUCAUGCUGCUGUCCCACCUGCCUCUCAAAAUGGAGCUGUCCCUCGUGCUGCUGUCUCACCUGCCCAUCAAAAUGGAGUUAUCCCUCAUGCUGCAGUCCCACCAGCCUCUCAAAAUGGUACUGUCCCUCAUGCUGCUGUACCUCCAGCCUCUCAAAAUGAUGCUGUCCCUCGCCCCUCUUCUAAUGGUGUUGUCACCGGUGCUGCUAUCACCCCUCCCUUGGCAAAUAGAUCUGUUCCUGCUGCUGUACCCCCUCCUUCCACUGUUAGAGCUGUCUAUGCUGCUGCCUAUAAUGGGACAACAUCACCUCAGUCACAAGACAAUUGUGGUCCAGUUGGUCAGCCAAGCAGUGUUGUCAUUGGCCAACCAAGCAGUGUUGUCAUUGGCCAGCCAAGCAGUGCUGUCAUUGGACAGCCAAACAGUAGUCUCAUUGCUCAGCCAAGGAGUGCUGCUAGUUAUGCUACUGCACAACCAAACAGUGCUGUGCAGCAAAUACAGUUUGAAAGUGGCCCUACAGGCCCCCAAACCAGGUCUGCUACAGGUGAUCAGCCACAGCGCUCUGUCAUUGCUGAGCAGCCAAACAGCGGAGCUGAAUCAGGAGAGCCAUCCACAACCUUCACAGCUUGCCAGCCCAGUAGUGCUGUCCCCAGUGCUGGUCCAAUAGAGUUACAUAAUGAAAACAUGGAGCAGGAGACAGCACCUAGAGGGGCUG